UUUGAUCCGCAAGCAUAGAGAGAAAUCAAUCCAAAUGGAGAAUGGAGGAGUGGAGAAGCAGCAGGGAGCAUCCUACACUUAUUGGGUGAGAGAAGCUAAAGAGGACGCCGCUCCCCUCCCUCUUCCCAAGAAACUCACCCCUCAAGACAUCCUUUGCAACCAAUCUCACCAUGCAACUCUCGGUUCUGUCUGGAAUCGGGCUGGAACUUGGGAGGAGAAAAACCUUAAUAACUGGGCUACCCAGAGAAUAAAGGAGUUGCUUAAAUCAGUGAUUUCCUUGGACUUCUCUUGCGGCAAGGCUGAAAUCGCUGAUGUAACAAAGUGUGCUGGCGAUGCAUUUUUGGUGACUGUGCGAAACAAGAAGCGUGUUGGCUACACUUAUGAGUUGACGUUAAAAAUCAAAGGUGAGUGGCUUCUACGGGACGAGAGAAAAACUGUUAAGGGCCAUAUAGAUAUCCCAGAAUUCUCGUUUGGUGAGCUGGAUGAUUUGCAGAUGGAGGUGCAGCUUAGUGAAGAGAAGGAUCUUCUGCAGCAAGAUAAGCUGCAGAUUAUCCAGGACUUGAAGCUAUUUUUGCAGCCUGUCCGUGAGAAAUUGCUUCAAUUUGAACAGGAACUGAAAGAUAGGUAGCAUGGCAAAAGUAUGGGGUUUGUCUUCAUUUAAACUCUGGUUUUAACAAAAUUUAUUGGACUGUACCUGUAUUCUCUCAUCUCUUGUUAUCCACUACUUAUCCAAUUGAUGUAAUGGAGCAUAAGAUUGUUGAGGAGGCAAAGCUUUCUAGCAAUGCUUCAAUUUGCUACUAUUGUUGAGAUCGAAGACGACUAGGAUUGCCUUCCUGCAUGUGGUACUACGGAAUUGCAAGUUUCCACAAAUAUUUGUCUUGUGUUUUGCUUGCAUUUGAUUGAUCUUUAUAUCACAUCUUGAGGAAAAAAGACACUGAACCAUUUGAUAAAAGAUUUUACUUGUCUUGGUAUUA